AUGGCGUGGUGGCAGAAGAGGUUGCUGCGCUACGGCCUACGCUACGGCCUAUCGAGAACGGGCCUGCUGGACGACUCCGCCAUCGAUCUCGAUUCACUGGACAUCACCGUCGGACGACAGAACGUGAUAGAGCUGAGGGAUGUCGGCUUGAACAUUGAGAGCAUCAGUCAGCUGGCACGGCUUCCAGCAGCAAUAAGACUUGAGACGGCCAAGGUUGCACAUCUGAAGUUGACAAUACCGGCCGACUUCUACCAGAGCAGCAUCGUGGUCGAGGUCGAUGGAGUGGAGGUUGCUGCAAUUCUUGAGGAUGACUCAGGUGCAAAUCUGCCUAAGAAAGAGCAGGGAAGUCGAGCACGUAGCCCGGAAACGGCUAGGGCGCCACGGCACAGGAAGACCAACAGACGGAUACACUCGCCUCCACCACACCAUACCAGUGCUGCAGGUGAUGAUACGAGGCUGCCGAACGUACAAGAUGUGGCGAAGUCUUUCUUACUGGAGGAGCCUUUGGACGAGCGACGAGAUCUUGAGGCACUGGCUUAUGGCUCCAGAGGCAUGGAGGAGUCCUUUGCUAGUGAGAGCAGCGAAAGCGAGGUUGGCACAGGAACUGGCGUCGGAGUGCCUGGCUUCCUGGCCAACUUCCUACAGGGUAUUGUGGAGAGGCUUCAGCUAGAAGUCAGGAACGUGGAAGUGAGGCUUCAAACCGGUGUCCCAAAUGGCAGCCCCGAACCCACGUCUGUGACACUGAGGCUGCGGAUGGCCUCUGCCAACGUCGAGAGAGUGGAUCCCGCCAAGCCAGACAAGCGCCGUGAAGUGAAUCUGGCAGCGAUUACUAUGGAUAUCCUAUUGAAGGAUGAAGUGACAGCUGAGCUUUCGACCCUACGAUCGCAUACUUCCGCAAUACGGGACCCAUCGAUGCCAGCCAGCCGAAAUACAUCUGAGCGGGCUGCUAGUUCCGUUGUGUCGCCCUUGGCUAACAGCACGACAACAGAGCAUGACACUACAUCGAUUCUAGAAGAGGAGGACAGACGAGAAGCCACGAUUCCAGACAACCGUCUUGCAUCUAGCAGCACUGAUUCACUGCAGAGACUCAUGCAAUCAGCGAUGGAGCCUGCGGAACCCAGCGUGCAGAUAGCUAACAUGGCAGAAUCUGCAUCAUUGUCGAACGAUGGGAACUUUGCGGAUGCCCAAGACGGCGAGACCUUCGGAACGGAGCAGCAACCUCACGAGCUCGAUAUUCACCCUGGCGAUGACAAUAUAAGCUGGGGUUCACGAAGAAGUAGAACAAGCCCACAGUCUCAGGAUUUAUGGAACUCGAUGAUCAGUGAGGAUGAUCUGCCGGGUUCGCUGCAUAUGGCGUCGCGCGCUCAAGUUGCAGCCCCUCAUGCGCAGUCUUCGCGCAGCAGCAGCCCUCUAGCUCUUCGGCAUCGCCGUGCCGUGUCUCCCUACGACCGAGCCAUAACCAGCCCCGGGUCGUGGCCCAGGCCCGAUAUCAGCCCCCCUCGACAGCGACAACCAGGCCUUCAGUCAUGGCCAUCACUGGAACAGGGAAUACGCGGUGUAUCUGAACCCCUCGAUCGUUUGCUGUCGCAGUCAUCCGGAAAUGCGGUCGAUAACAAGGUCACAGCGCUCGGACAAGCGCGAUCAGCAUCACCAGCAUCUGCAACAGGGAGUCUUUCAGACGAGACAGCCGCAAUGGACGAAAGCAUGCUUGAGUCUCAAGUCUUCAGUCACGAAGAAGCACAGAGCAUGUAUAUGAGCGCUAUGACUGGCAGUAAAACGCUGGAUAUGCCCGGUGGCUGGGGAUCCGACACCCAAAGCGCCCAGUCUGUAGCGCCCGAAGCGCUAGCCUCUUCCGACCGCGAUCAGGCAGCUCAAACAGUACCUGCUGUUGAGCAUGAUCUUUCACAACUUGACGGAGCAAGACCUAGCAUUGAAGCUGCAUCAGCCAAUGCAACACCACGUGCGCAGACGCCCAUAGCUCACGACAGGCCGUCAAAAGACAUCUCACCAGACGCUAGCAUUGUAGUGAUCGAGCUGCUACAUAUCGAUCAGAUCACAGUCUCCAUUCCAUCACCACAAGAUUCAGAGAAUCAUGGCAAACAGCAGGUGCCCGCAGAUAGCAGCCCUGUUCGUCGGCCAACAAGUGGGGUCCGUGGUAUGCCGGGUACAUUCUCCGCAUACUCUGAAAUGAGUGCUUCUAGACGUCGGGAAACAGACUCCACAUAUACCGAUACCAGUAAUAUCUUCUGGGCUCCGGAGUCUGCCAAAGGCCCCGAGGUUUCUGAUGGGCGUGUCGGCAUUGUGGUGGGAGUUAUCACUAUCCAGGCAGGAAUUCCCACCUGUCAACUGCUACACAAAGUAUCGAUGAACUUAGCCAGCACUUUGCAACACAAAGAUGCUGGUAACGAGGUCCUGAACAGCAGUGGAAGCAAGCAGACUCCACCCCCAGUCUCCCUGCUUUUGCGGCAAUUGCGAGUCUCCCUGACGGAAAAUGCCAAGAGUAUGGAUGCGCAAAGCGGUCCUACUCGGCACGGACUGGUUGAUUUGUUUUGUGAGGAUAUUGAAGUUAAGCUCGCUGAGACACAGACGAGAUUGAGCAUUCAGGAUCUGGUACUUUCACUGGGCGGCCAGGACCUGUUGAGAUUCGACCACAAAGCAGAUGCGAUGACCGAGUCGGUAACUCUCACAGAACAAGCGCCAGCUGUCGCUAUCGACAUAGCAAAGAAGACCCUUGCUGCCGACAGAAGGUCAAUAACAGAACUCUCGGUGCAGAUCAAGCCUGUCCAGCUCACAAUCGAUCUCAGCCUUUUCGACGAGGUAUUCGACUCUUUCGGUGGCCUGAGCGGGAUUCUUGAGCUUGGCAAUUCAGCUCUCUCAGAGAGUGGCAUGAGGUCGCCAGUCACACCGCCGCCCACCAAGGGAGUGCGUUUCGUAGGCGAGCAGCAACCUGCGUUAGUUGAACCUGAAGUCAAAGUCAAUGCGCGCAUCGGCGGCUUCACAACGAAUUUGCGCAGUAGUGCCUGUGCGGUUGUUCUACGAACAAGCGCUAUCAAGUCAGUGUACCGUGAGCACGGUAUGGUCGCCACCAUCUCACGCCUCGUGCUGAGCGGACCAUUCAAUCACUCGCAGACGCAAGAACCACCCCUGACGAUCGAUGUUGCCACCGUGCGGAUCGAAUAUCUCUUGACCCCCCAGGACAACGACCUUGAGCGUCUGCUAACACUGCUGACACCCUCGCGAGACCAAUACGAUGAUGACGGCGACAUCUUGAUCGACACACUUCUGCGACAGCGUCGCAAGGGAGCCCUCCUCAGAAUUGUCGUGGGCGAUGUGAAAGCUAAGAUUGAUAAUCUCGACUGCCUUGCUGUGCUCAAUAGUCUUGGCGACGACCUCGCGAAACUGUCUGCUGUCACCAAGUACUUGCCAGAAGACGAUAAGCCUGGGCUGCUAACCCUCUUGCGGAUCAAAGAUGCAGAGGCACGCGUUCCUGUCAAUGACCGUUUUGGCAAGCUCCUAUUCGCUUUGCAAGAUUUGCACCUUGCGCAUGUGGGACUACCGGCCCUGCUCGCAUUCUCGAUUGGCGAUGUCUUUGCUCAACAAGUAGAAGGCGCAGAAUUGCUACACAGCCUGCUACCACUCACAGCCGUUGACAAUCUUCCUGUCAUCAUGGCACGAAUGAUAGGUAACGAAAUCGAACCGACAGUGAAGGUCAAACUCUUCAAUCUUUGUGUGGAGUACAGUGUGCCCAUCAUACUUGCUCUCACGGGUAUGGACAGACCACUGAAUCCGGAAGAGAUAGUCAACGAGAUGGCUCAAUCGAUUGCAAAUCUUGCCAUGGCAGGUGAUACUCAGGUCCUCAGGCGUAGUCCUGCAAGCGAUGUUACGAGCACGCCGAAGAAAAAGACCGCCAUUAGCCUUUUGGUGCAUGAUUCGGCUGCUAGGCUAAAUCCUCAAAGAUUGCCAUCGAAAGCGCUUGUGGUCUUGAACAAUGCCCAUGUAACAACAAGUGUGCCGCCUGGAGAUACCAUGUCGGCCAGACUUGAACUCAGGAAAGCCGCCAUCUUUCUCACCGACCGCGAACUGGAGGAACUGAAUGUCGAUGUGAAGGCAAGAAACGUGCAACGCCUUGAUGAUAUUCUCAAACAGCGCGGAUACGUAUCGGUGGCCUCAGUCAGGUCUGCCGUUGUGCAAUUUCACGCAACAGAGACAGGCACUGAAGACGCGAAAGCCGUUGAGAUUGAUGUCAAGAAUGAGCUUUUCUUGCUCGAGACGUGCGCAGAUUCCACUCAGACCCUUUUUGCAACACUCGGAGCCCUCGCUCCUCCUACUCCACCUAGCAAGGUCCCAAAGUACCUGACGCAGCCCAUGCCUAUCGAAGACAUGAUGGCAUCUUUCUCCGGUGCCCCGUUCAUCCAAGCAGAGGAGAAACCCGAAACUCUGUUCGAUGUGGAGCACGAUUUAGAAGACUUCAACGAAGAGCUAGAUCUUGGCAUCUCAACCUUCGACGAUCCUGAUGACCUGCUUGCUGAAUCAGAAAUGACGCCUAGUCUUUACGGCCCCGUGAGCGGCCUUCUCGACAUGGGUUCUGAUCCAGAUGCCGAGAGCAAUAUUGGCGACGAUCCCGAGACUGCAGAGAGUCUUCUGGAAGAGGACCCUUUCGAGAUGACCAUUUCACCAGAAGAUGGACAACUUGGUGAUGCAGCUUUGAUGCGAGACCUGAAUAGACCCAGUGCCGCUAUCGACAGCGGCAAAGCCAAUCCCGACUCCUACGAGAUCGUAGACCUUGGAUUUGACGCACUUGGAAGUGGCCAGCAAGCGCUCGGAGAUCAGCAUCGCUUCAACCCACCAUUUGUCGGCAAGCAUGGGCAGAGUAAGGAUAAGCCCCAUCAGGAUGCUACUGUCAAGCUGCGCCUCCGUGAUUUCCAUCUCAUCUGGCACCUUCACGAUGGCUUUGAUUGGCAGCGCACACGCGAUGGCAUCGUGGACGCUGUCGAGCAGGUGGAACAACGCGCUGAAGAGCGCAAGGCGAGGCGUCGCAGAUCCCGACAAGAUCCAGAAGAUGAUGAGUCCGUGAUUGGUGACUUCUUGUUCAAUUCAAUCUACAUUGGCGUUCCCGCUGAUUUGGACGGCCAAGACCUACGACGCCAGAUCAAUCGGGGCAUUGACCAGGAAAUCAGCGAAACAGAGAGCGUGCCUGCAUCCGGAAUAUCUAGGCCCACGAUAUAUUCAGCAACUGGGCAGCCUCGAAAUCGUCAGUCUCAACGCAGGAGACUCAAGCUCGGUCGCACUCGCAGUCAUAAGAUCGCUUUCGAAUUGAGCGGUGUAUCUGCCGACGUUCUGGUCUUUGGUUCCGAAAGCAGUGACGUGGUCAGCUCGGUGGACCUUCGCAUCCAGGACUUCGAAAUUUUUGAUAAGGUGCCCACUUCGACCUGGCGAAAGUUCCUGACCCAUCUGGAGAGCGAUCCGGCCGCGCGCGAGAAGUCCAAGCCCAUGUUCCAUAUCCAGCUCGACAAUGUGAAGACUUUAGAAAGCCACUCUGCGUCUGAGAUCAUCUUGCACGUUGCAGUACAGCCACUUCGACUUCACGUUGAUCAAGAUGCGCUUGAUUUCAUCACACGAUUCUUCGAGUUCAAGGAUCCAGACAUGGUUGACAGCCAAGACACUGGCGAGAAACCAUUUAUCCAGCGUGUCGAAGUUGAGACUGUGGAUCUGUGCCUGGACUACAAACCCAAGAACGUCGACUAUGCUGGCCUUCGAUCCGGGCGGACCAAGGAGUUCAUGAAUUUCAUCACUCUGGAAGGCUGCAACAUUCGUCUUAAGCAUGCGAUUAUCUACGGCCUCGGAGGGUUCGACCUACUUCAUGACACGCUGAGCAACAUAUGGACGCCCGAUGUGAUCCGAAACCAAUUGCCGCGUGUGCUUUCGGGCCUUGCACCGGUUCGAAGUUUGGUCAAUCUUGGAGUUGGAGUACGUGAUGUUGUUGCCAUCCCUGUGCGCGAGUACAAGAAGGACGGCCGCAUCGUACGCAGCAUACAGAAGGGUGCCUUUCAGUUCGGGAAAACCACUGCGAGUGAGCUUGCACGACUUGGCGCAAAGGUGGCCUUGGGCACACAGACUAUGCUUGCGAAUGCAGAAGAAUUUCUGGCACCUGGAAGCUCCACAGGCGGGCGCUCGAAACUUUCGUCUUCACCAGGCUGGCACGAAGGUGGACACUUGUCUGACGAGGAUGAUCCCGAGCGACAACGUGCUGUUUCUGCUUACGCAAAUCAACCUCUUGGCGUCCUUUCCGGUCUGCGAUCUGCGAGACGGCAUCUUGAGCAUGAUUUGCUGACUGCCAAGGACGCUCUGAUCGCUGUGCAGGGAGAAGUCUUUGAGAGUCGCGGGCCUGGAGAGGUAGCAGGCGCGGUCGUCAAGCACGCCCCGACAGUCAUUCUCCGACCAGUGAUUGGUGCGACUCGAGCAGUAGGCACAGCUCUACUUGGCGUAGGGAACGCAGUCGAUCGUGGGAACCUGAGAAGGGUCGACGAUAAAUACAAGAGAAGAUGAGGAAACGCAUCAUAGCGUCAAUGAUCUGCUAGUGCGCAUGCACUUGGUCACUUGGGCUGGAAUGGCAAUCAACGCCUAUUAACUUAGAUAUCGGCAAAGUAGUUAGUUCUACGCAUGACACGGUAUUUCGAAAAGGAACUCCAG